AUGGGUUCGGAUGUGUUCUCUUCCAUCUCCGAGCUCUUGAUUGGCGGCCCCCCUCUUCUUCUUCUUCUCCUCCUCCUCCUCCAUCUCAUACUCUCUCUCUGCAACUUGGGGAGGAGAAUCAGAAUGAGCUGCAAUGGGUGCAGAGUCCUCCGGAAAGGCUGCACCGAAGAUUGCACCAUCAGGCCUUGCCUCCAGUGGAUCCAAUCCCCCGUGUCGCAGGCCAACGCCACCAUGUUCCUCGCCAAGUUCUACGGCCGCGCCGGCCUCAUCAACCUCAUUAAUGCCGGCCCCGACCACCUCCGCCCAGCCAUUUUCAGGUCGUUGCUGUACGAGGCCUGUGGCCGGGUCGUCAACCCAAUCUACGGCUCGGUCGGGCUCCUCUGCUCGGGCAAUUGGGCCCAGUGCCAGUCCUCCGUCGAGGCGGUGCUCCAGGGCUCCUCCCAGUUCAUGCAAUCGCCUUCGCUCGACUCCACGGGGCCCCACCUCAAGCCCUGCGACAUCCGCCACGUCCGGAAGAUGUCUGGCCCCGGCGACCCCCAGAAGAUCAGGACCAGGACCCGGUUCAAGCAGUCAUCGAAUCAGGCCAAGCCGGAGACGGACCCCGGCGAGCUGUUCGGCCAUGCAGGGAGGAGCAAGUGGAUCUACCCAGGCCCCAUUUACGAGGAGACGAGCCUCGACUCGUGGGUGACGCACGGGGCGGCGGCGGCAGUGGCGAACUGGGACAGCGCGGAGGCCGAGAGCAUCUUCUCGGUGGAGACCGUGGAGGCUUCACUGGCAAACAUGGGCAAGCCGAACUGGAUGCUGAGAUUCGACCGGCCGGCGGAGGAGAGUCCGGAGAGUCAACUCCAGUUGGAGCUGAGCCUGCGCAUCAAACCGUCGUCACAUCCGAGCGAGCCCGCGUUGAUCUGAGUGGUGGGCAGUUU